AUGGAUAGAUAUGGACACAAUAUAAGAGGGGAUGUAAAAAAACAAGGUUAUGAAAAUUCUGAUUUACCAAUAUUGUGUGAAACUUGUUUAGGAGAAAAUCCAUAUGUUAGAAUAAUAAGGGAAGAAAAUGGAAAAGAAUGUAAAAUUUGUAAAAAUGCAUUUACUUUAUUUCGAUGGAAACCAGGUCAUAAUGCAAGAUAUAAACAAACAAUAAUAUGUAAUAAGUGUGCAAAAGUAAAAAAUGUAUGUCAAACCUGUUUAUUUGAUUUAGAAUAUAAUUUACCUGUACAAGUCAGGGAUAAAUUCCUUGAAACAAGUAUUACCUUGCCAGAAAAUGAAACAAAUCGGAAUUUUUUUUUAGAACAGCUAGAAAACAAUAUAUCUACAGGUACGUACGAUAAAAUUAAUCAUGGAAAUAUGGAUUUAUCAAAAUUAAAAAGAAGGGAUCCAUAUUUUAAAAGAAAUAUGGCAAGAGUAUGCAGUUUUUGGAGAAAAAAUGCAUGUAAUCGAGGAGACGAAUGCCCAUAUUUACAUAAGGAAAUUCAUUUGAAUAAAUCGCUAGCUAGCCAAAAUAUAAAAAGUAGGUAUACAGGUGAAAAUGAUGUAUUAGCAGAAACUAUAUUAAACAGAUAUAAAAAUGAUAAUAUUGAUGAAAAAAAUAUGGCUAAUAAAAUAUGUAUACAAGGUAUUAGUAAUUCAACACGGGUUGAAAAUAUUAAAGAAUGUUUUAAAAAAUUUGGGGAAAUAAAAUCAUUUAAAAUGAUACCAAAAGAUUCAAAAAUUUUUAUUUCAUAUGCUACUUUAACAGCUGCAAAAAAUGCAGCUGAAAAAUAUAAAGAUGGCCUCGAAUUAAAUGGAUCUAAUUUAACAGUAACGAUACAAGACAAUCCUAAUAAUAAUGUUUGGCCAUCUCCAGCCUUUGGGAAAUAUAAUACAUACCUUUCCCAGUUUAAUAACAAUAAUAAUAACAAAUUUACAAAAAAUAAUAAUAAUUUUAGGUUUCAUAAUCCUCCUCCCUCACAUUCUCAAGGGAACACAAUGAAUAAUAUGAUGCCCCCUAUAUAUUUUCCUUAUAAUAAUUAUAAUUUGAAUUCAAUGCCUCCAAAUGCAAUUCCAUAUGCCUCUAUGCUUCCUUCUGAGGCAGAGCAAAGAAAGUAA